AUGUCUUCUUCACCACCCAGUGCACCCACACCAAAUAAAAACGCAAUCUUUAUCACCUGCCUGAUAAUCCUCUGGUACUCGACCAACAUCGGCGUUCUCCUCCUCAACAAGUUCCUCCUCUCAAACUAUGGCUUCGCCUUCCCAAUCUUCCUCACGAUGUGCCACAUGUCGGCCUGCGCCGCCCUCAGCUACGUCACCGUCGUGUUCCUCAAGGUGGCCCCGCUGCAGAGGAUCAAAUCCCGGGCACAGCUCGCGAGGAUCGCUACGCUCAGCGUCGUCUUCUGCGCCUCCGUCGUAGGCGGCAACAUCUCCCUCCGCUACCUGCCCGUCUCCUUCAACCAGGCGGUGGGCGCAACGACGCCGUUUUUCACGGCGCUGUUCGCGUACCUGAUGACUCUCAAGAGGGAGGCCUGGGCCACGUACACCUGUCUUGUUCCUGUGGUUGCUGGGGUCGUCAUUGCCAGUGGGGGUGAACCGAGCUUCCAUUUAUACGGAUUUAUCAUGUGUAUAGGUGCAACUGCAGCUCGAGCUUUCAAAUCCGUGCUUCAAGGGGUCCUCCUUUCUAAUGAUGGGGAAAAGUUGAACUCGAUGAAUUUGAUGCUUUAUAUGGCCCCGAUUGCGGUUAUAGUCUUGCUACCUGCUGCUCUUGUAAUGGAGCCUAAUGUAUUGGAUAUGGUUGUUUCACUUGGAAAAGAACAUAAAUUCAUGUGGAUUCUUCUUUUGAUUAAUUCAACUAUGGCUUAUGGAGCGAAUUUGUGCAAUUUCUUGGUGACUAAGCAUACGAGUGCUUUAACACUCCAGGUAUUAGGCAAUGCGAAAGGUGCCGUGGCUGUGGUUAUAUCGAUACUCAUUUUCCAAAAUCCGGUGACAUUUAUUGGCAUUGCCGGUUAUACUAUGACUGUAAUGGGAGUGAUUGCGUAUGGAGAAUCUAAGAGGAGGUACAAAUGA